AUGGUGCACAUCUUUGAAUGCAUGGUCCAACACUACUGCCCAGUGGCCAUGUUCAUUGAGUGGAAACACCACACCAUGAACAUGCAAACCCAUGUCCAAGACUGUUGCAUUGUCUUUGAAACCAGUCUGCCCUACCUCAAGCUCUCCCUGGGGAGAUGUGCAGCCAUCCUGAAGGGUGUUGCAGCAGAGGUGGGUCUUGACAUGAAAUUGGGGGUCAUGGCAGGCAUCAAUGCUGCUAUUGAACCUGACACCAUCUUCUGUCUUGGUGGGUGGCACAACCCCAACAUGUUCUGGUGCCACUAUGUGACCAGAACAAUUCUGAACAUGUUUACUGACAUGCUCUUUGAUGUUGACAACCUCAGGUAA